AUAAACAUGACCCAUCUGAUAAAGCACCUGUCGUUUGGGAAGGAUUACCCCGGCAUCGUCAACCCUCUGGAUGGUACAGACGUCACAGCACCACAAGCGUCCAUGAUGUACCAGUAUUUUGUGAAAAUCGUCCCUACGAUAUAUGUCAAAGCUGACGGAGAAGUAUUAAAAACAAAUCAGUUCUCCGUAACCCGGCAUGAGAAAGUUGCCAACGGGUUAAUAGGAGACCAGGGGCUGCCGGGCGUCUUUGUCUUAUACGAGCUGUCGCCAAUGAUGGUGAAAUUCACAGAGAAACACAGAUCAUUCACACACUUCCUAACGGGAGUCUGCGCCAUUAUUGGAGGAGUUUUUACAGUGGCUGGCCUAAUCGACUCGCUCAUCUACCACUCGGCGCGCGCCAUCCAGAAGAAGAUCGAGCUGGGCAAAGCUUCGUAACGCCGCCCGCCCCCCCCGCCGACCCCCCCACCCGAUGGCUCCCGCGGUGCAACACAGAUCAACACACGGACACAGAGACUGGAGGACAGGGAGGGGCCCAACAGACACGGGGAAGGUUGGAAAAGCCGGAGCGGAGCUGGGACUUUGUUUUUCUCCAUCUCUCUGUGCGCUAAACUCCCAGGUUCAUCCAGAGAGAGGCAGAGAUUUCAGAU